AUGAGAGCAGCAGUGAACGAAGACCUGGGAUUGCCAUCGAGCCUGAUUCACCUGGUCCCAUGCUCAGACUACAAGACUAUCAGUGCUCGAGCAUGCUCGCAGAAGGCCGCGGAGAAGAUCUUUGAGCAACUUGUCAAAACAGACUGGGAUGGACUUGUAAACCUGGCUUUCUCAGGCUCUGAUUCUAGGUUGUAUACGGCGGCAGGCCUGGUUUUUGAAUGCUUUGCGCAUGAGGUGCUGAAGAAAGGAGGAAACAGAUAUAGAUUGCGCAGUCUAGGGUCGGGUGAGGAUGAUGAAGGGGCAAGGGAAGAGAUAGAUUUGCAUAUGAAGAAGUCGCAGGCAUACUUUGAGUUUUCAACAACAGGACUCAACGAGUGGAAGUUCAUGAAGAACACAUAUUGCAAGCCCAAGGCAUUGAACUUCCCUUGCAUGGAUGCGCUUUUAUUGUCAGAUCAGGAGGUCCUCUACAUGUUCCAGAUGACACGGGCAGAAGAACAUCCUAUCAAGCUUGGACCACUAUGUAAGAUAUUGACAGCUCUACGAGCCAAGAACAAGUUUGAGAGGGUUUUCACGAACGAGAAGACAGCAAGUGAGAUGGAGAAGCAGCAAGUGGAAAACGUUACUCAGCACGCGAUGUUCUUGUCCAAGGGGGACGUGGCAUGGCUAAAGGGAGCGGAGAUCAGGAUCCAGAUCGUAGAUAAGGCAAGGUCUCAGAGGGAAGAGCAACUGGAGGGAGGCGAUGAGGCGACAACAUAA